AUGCCUCGCGACGAGCAAGAGACCUACAUCAAGCGCCUCGGUGCCCUCGGCUACUCCUGGCAGUUCAUCACCCUGGCUGGUCUGCACACCACCGCCCUGAUCACACAUCAGUUCGCCAAGGCGUACUCCCAGCACGGCAUGCGCGCCUACGGAGAGCUCGUCCAAGAGCCCGAGAUGGAACAGGGUGUCGACGUUGUCACGCACCAGAAAUGGAGUGGCGCCAACUACGUGGACAACCUUUUGAAGAUGGUCACUGGCGGUGUGAGCAGUACUGCAGCUAUGGGUAAGGGUGUGACGGAGGAUCAGUUCAAGUCAUGA